AUGAGGUGGCUCUUCGUGGCCAGUGCGUUGCUCCUGUUAAGCGCCACGAACCAAGGAGCGACCGGCCAACAUGAAGGAUGCCACCGUGCCAGUUCUCGACAGGUUGGAGCCGGUUUUGGAUAUUACCCAUACGGCGGUGCAUCAUCGUAUGGGUACGGGGGACAGCCCGGAGGAGUAAACCUGUUCGACACGGUGACUAAGAACACGGCGGCCGUGUUCAACGAUGUGAACAAACAGAUCAGCCAGACCUUCAAUGCCGUGGCACGGCCAAUUGGCUUUGGCUUCGUUCCUGGGGUCGGUGGGAUGCCGGGCUACGGAGGAACCUACGGGGGAGGCUAUGGCCACCACGACCACCGGCCUGGCGGUCAUCCAAUGGGAUUCGUUCCACCUGGAAACGGUCUAUACAACUAUCCCCACGGAGGGCACUAUGGCCCAGGGCCCGGAUCCCAUGGCCAUCAUCGCCCCUGGGGCAAUGGAUUCGGUUGGGAUCAUUGGAACCAGGAAGGUUCGCAAAACCCGGAUCAUGGUCCGGGGCCAGGUGCACCACCACCACCAGUUCCACCGGCUCCAGCGGCUCCCGCAAAACCCGUUGUUCCUGUGAACAUUCCCCCAGUAGCACCGGCACCGCCAGCACCGGCCGUUCCGAGUAGCCCCCCAUCAGCUCCAGCUCCUCCACCCGCACCACCCGCACCCCCAGCACCUCCAGCACCUCCAGCACCCACCGGUGAUAAUAGCUGGAGUCUGGACAAUUUGUCUCCAGCCGUAGCACCUUUGAAUCCUUCUGCACCACCAUCGGCCGUGCCGGAUAGUAAUAGCUGGACCUCGGACAAUACUCCCCCGGUUCCAGCACCACCACCACCACCUCCACCACCAUCCAAUCCUCCUCCGGUACCGGUGGCACCGACGGCACCAAAAGUGAACACCCCGGAAGAGGAGGACGACAAAGCGGUCUACGACAUCGACAUCCGGGGUGAUUUCGACAAAGUGCCCAAGGUUUCCCGCCGCAAGCGUCAGUUCUUUCCGAAUCUCUUCAACCAAAUCGGUGGGUUGGUCGGUACGGCCGUGAACUCGGCCGGCAACCUAGCGCAAGGAGCCUUCAAUCCGGGACAGGCAGCGGGCGGCUUUCCUAACUUCUUCCAGGGACUUCAGCAGCAGCAGCAGCCAUCGCAGCAACAGCAAAGACCUCAGCCAGCACAGCCGGCACCGGCCACACAGGCACCUCCCGUCCAGCCGGCUCCCCCGAGCAGUAACCCCGAGCUGAAUCUCCAGACCCUGGGUCAAGAUGGGACGGUGUGGACGUACGAGUCACUCGGAGUGAAACCACCGGGCCCCCGUGUCCGUCGCGAUACGGACGCCAUCUACUUCCCGCCGGAUGACGAGGAUCAUUUCACGAAUUACCAUAAACCACCGGUGACACAGAAACCGGUGCACCCGGUGGCGCCUGCGUCAGGAUCUCAGGCCGGAGCUCAAAGUCAGUCGCAGAACGUGGCGAACGGAUUUCAGCAGAGUAGCGGUUCACAGACCCAAACACAGACGCUCCAGAACGAGCACGGUCAGUUCAAUCAGAACGCAGCCGGCAGUACGUCGGGCAAUGUAGCCGUCGACGGCUCGUCGGGACAGCUGAGCGCUGCCAACACCCAGCAGCAAAGCUUCCAGACGGCGCACGGUUCGGGCAGCCAGAAUCAGGCCAACAGCCAGUCGGCCAACUUUGACAACCACGGCAACCUGCAGCUGUCGAACUCGAACGCCAACACCAUGUCGAUCCGGGAGAAGGACAAGAUCAAGGAGCAGGCCAACGCAGGCUCAUCGUCGGUGGUGCAGAACCAGUUCGGUCAAUCGUCCAGCAAUGCCCAGACGAAUUCGGAAACGUUCCUGGAAAAUGGCAUCCAAGGGAACAAGAACUCGGCCUCCAGCCAGAGUUUGCAGACGAACAAGGACGGAUCGGUGUCGGGAUCGAAUAGUAAUACCAUGUCGGGUACGUUCACCGGUCCCGGUGGUCUGACCGGAUCGUCCUCAUCGAGCCAGUCGUCGAGCUUCAACAAGGGCACUGGCGGUGCCGGUUCCGGUGCCCUAACGAACUCCUGGAGUGGCGCAUCCAGUAACACCGCAUCGAGUGGGGUCUCUUCGGCCAGCUCUUCCGCUAGCUCGACGGCAACGGGUCCACUGGCAUUUAGUCUGAGCGGUGCCUUCUCCCUUCCCCAGUUUCCGCUGCACGCAGCUUUCCCCAAGUUCUUCGGCACGCGCAUGGGCGAGGACGAUGGGGAUACUUCGAAGGAGAAUAACCACGAGGCGGUAGAGAAAGAAGAAAAGUAG